AUGCGUGCCUGCAGUUGCCCAGCACGGCGGCAACGCCGGCGGUUCCAUCCCGGUAUGGGCAAAUGACAACCCACUAGACACACACGCGGCAAACAAGAAGCGUCUCAACGGAUGUCCGUGUGUGUGUGUGUGUUGUGUUGCCAUUCUGCAGACACGUACGAAGACACAGAUACACCAGCCAAGAGAUGCAUCCAUCCAUCCAACAAUCCAUCCACACAAAUGUACAGCUCUCCCUGUGUGUGUGUGUGUGUGUCACUGACUGCAGCGCUCUCCAACACCUCCAACACACCCGCACCCCCGGUCGUGGUAAGCCAUCACACAACACGCACAUACACACGUACCCACAGUGGGCAGCCAUACCAUCUGUUUACCUGUCUGUGUGUGUGUGUGUGUGUGUGGUGCAGGACGCCAUUCAGGAGCCCCCCACACCUGGCCUGGCCACGGGCGGCGUCCAUGGCCCCGGCCUGCGCGGCACGUUGGAGGACAACUACGUGAACGUCUACGACGCACACGGCGUGGCCUCCACCGGCAAGACCGCACACCCGGCGCAGAGCAUCACGGGCACUGCGUGGGACCCUGCCAAGAAGCGCUAGAUGCAACACCGUACACACACACACACAAUCAUGAGUGCAAAGAUACAUGGCCGCCGAGGGUAGACGAAAGACACCAACUAAGAGAUGCGUCCAUCCAUCCCAUCUCUGUGUAUGUGUAUUGGUUUGAUAUGUGCUGCGUGAGCGUCUUUCAGAUUGCUGUCUACAUUUUAUAUUCCGAGGCUCAUUGAUUGUUCACCGCCACGCGCAAUGGAGGCCAGUGCCAGCCGUCCAUGCCGCGGGCCUGCUGGUCCACUCGGUAGCCACGCGCGGCCGGAUGUGGCGACGCUCGUGGCUUGUAUGAUCACAGACCACUUGGCCGCUCACAGAAUGCCUGACAGCAGCAGAGACACAUCGAGAGAGACGUAUCAGAUUGGUCUGCAGGACGGCAGUCGACGGGCGCACGCAAGAAGCACG